UGAACUUUCCUCUAUUCAUUCCAUCCUCUACACACACACACAAACACAGUCUCUCCUCCCUCGCUCAUUUGCGCUCUCUCUCUCUCAGACUGGCUGAGUGAGUGUAUGUGUAUGUGUGUGUGUGUGUGUGCAUGCAGUAGAUAGAGGAAGUGUUAUUCGGCGUGUCACUCUCCCUCUCUCACAGUCGACUUCAUGUGCAUGGCGAUGUAGUCCACACUCAACAAAACAGUAGAACAUACAGUUACUUCUUUCUAUCAUAGUGAACUCCAGCAGUGACAUCAUCAUGCUCACAUAAUGGCAUCGUGGGUAAAUUCUAGCGACUGUAGCGGUAUGGACUCAGCAGAAUAUGCAGCUCUCGACUCAGAAAUCUACCGAAGCCUACAGGCCAUUCUGAGAGAGCUGGACACUUCACAACCUGUGGUCAAUAAAGGAAUGCUGAGGUGGACGUUGCAUAAGAAGGUGCAGUGUGAUCCGCAGAAGAGCCUGGCUUUGGUCCGAGUGACCGUCAAAGAGCUAGAGAGAGCUGAGAGAGUGGACCUGAAAACACACAUCAUCCCGCUGUUACACACUCUCAUGUACGCCGUCAUACAGGCGGUGUACAUCCCUGAUGAUCUGUAUAAAAGGCUUUACGAGUCGUGUAAGAGGAUGCUGACGCUGCCAGAGCCGUUCUGUACUGUAGGACUCAAUUACACUAGACAAUUAAAGACAGAGAGAAGCACACCAGGACUGCUGUAUCUAAGGAAGGUUAUGGCUGAACAUAGUCUGAGGAAUGAAAAUUAUCCUUUACAGGAACGUGUGUUUGUGUUUGUAGACCCAGUGGUGUUCUCAGAGUCUCUGUGCUCGGUGUUGAAGGAGGAUCUGGAGGCCGAGGGUCAGACGGAGACGCAGCUCGACUACAUGCGUCAUGUGAUACAGCGCCUCCUACAGGCCACACUGGGAGAGGACAACUGUCAUGGACCAACACUCACACAUGCCCUGGAGGAGCUGCAGCAGGAUGUAGAGAGUUAUUUCAAUGAGGUUUUAGAGUGUGUUGAUCAAAAUUAUCAAAAUGACUUAACACAGCGACUGCAACAACUCUACACACAGCUGCUGCUGAGCACCGGCAAAGAUCCAUUGUGUCAUGGUUCUCUGGCCGAUGUUUCGCUUCCCAAUCCGGAUAUAAGUUUCCACGUGUGGUGGGAGGAGGAAGAGCUCUGGAGAGAACUGACCAAGUUUGUGCGCAACAGCUCCAUUGAUAACUUCUGCAUCUCCAUGGAGGAUUUCGACAUGUCUGACUUUUCCCCCUACAUGGACUCGGACAUGCCGCGUCACUCCAUCCUCUCCACGGACAGCGGCAUCGAGCGUGAUAUGGCACAGGGCUCGGACUUGGAGACAAAGAGGAGUCUGUUGAGGAGGGGCGGGAUGAAAAUGAAGCCCUCGGUGACGGACAGCAUGGCGUUCUUACAGGAUGCUUUAGUCAGCGGGAGCUCUUUACUCAAACAGCAGCAACGUCAGAAACACAUCACCGCUAACAUCGUAGUGAUGGGGGACGACCGCAUACUCGGGAGACUCGCCAGGGCUUACUACACACUCAGGAAAAGAGAAGCACGGAGACUUUUUCUGACCAUGAAAGUGAACAUAAAGAUGUUUUAUAUCCCCGUGUCCACGCAGCAGCUCUCCUCCCCCACUACGGAGAGUGUGUGCCUGCUGGACUCUAACCCGUGUGUGUUGGGUUCGUACCUGGGGAAGGUGGACCCCUGGUAUGAGUGUAACAUCAUCAGCCUGGGUCACAUGAUCCCCAAACUAGCCACCAUGUGUGACUCCAGCAGGCCACAUGAGCCCAACUCUUUUUUAGCCGAUGUCAUUUCCUAUUACGUGCGAAUGGGACAGCAGCCGGUUUACUUCACCAUCUACUACGUGAAGAUUGUGUUCUGUAACCCGACCAAAGAGUCAGUGGAGGACGUCUUCCUGUCUUGCGCCAGUAUCAAAUUCCCCGAGUUUACUCAGCGUCACACCACUGGUAGAGACAUGACUAUCAGACAGAAGAAGCAAUGUAAAAGUGCAGAAGUGUGCGGUGCGCUCGUCUCGCUCAACUACAGGAAGGUGUCACUGAGUAACAGAGAAGCAGAGAGAGGCGUUGAAUUACGGACGACGAGAAUUCAGAUUUCAGCUGUAACCCCCAGAAACCAAGAUGCGAACUGUCUCAUGGUGGACAUGGUGUGUGACGUGAAGCCCAAAUGUGUCUCGGAGCCCAAAAUCCGAACGUGCAGCCUGAAGCUAAAGACGACUGAGAGGACAGGAUUCACGCUGUGUCUGGAUAAAGACUCGCGCAGAACCUUCCAUGAAGUUCAAAGUAUCGAAAUAGAGCCGUGUAAGGAUCCUGGAUAUUACAUUCAAAAGUCCAUGAGGUCAAAAUUCACGACAGAAGAGGACACCGACUCCGGACUGAGCAAGUUUAUGAAUCGAGGACUUCCUCUUUCAAUAAACACCUUCUCGGGCAUCAUUUCCUGACAGAAAAACAAGGAAGGAAGAAGAAAUGCACUUUGGUGGACACUGAGCUAACUGCUAACUAAUUGUGUCCUUUGAAUUUUGUGGCAUUCUGUUCAUAUCACGUAUGACAUGAAGGUCACCGAGUUCCAUGCUGCUAAACACACACAGUGAAUCGUUUCGCUUCAGUGUAUUUAAAAACCACAUAUUUCAGAAUAACUUCCUCUUCCCUUCUCAGAAAUCAUUUUCUGACAAAUCAGGAGGAAAGAGCAGGCUGGAGUAAAACAUUUAGCCAACUGCUAACUAGUGCUAUUUAGGAACAUGCUAACACACUCCAUCCAUAGUCCAAUAGAGUGUUCAUAAAAAUUUAACAAAUGUCAGUUACUGAAAGAUUAACUCAACCUCACAGUUUUCCAGUUGUAUGUUCAAUAAUAUGGAUGACAACAUGUUUACAAACCCGUAGCUAAAAUGACCUUAUGCUAAUAUAUAAACAGUGGCCGUUUUCUUUCUGACAGGCACAUCAAAUCACAUGACUGUGUAACUGGAACGUCAUUAGAGAGUGCUAGCUAAACAUAACUAGCUAGCUAGGAGCGCUAUAAAAUAUUAAAUACAACCACAUGACUAGCAUCACACCAAGCAGUUGUCUGCAGAGUAGCUGCACAUAAGUAGCUAAACAGCUAGUUAGCUUGGUAGAUUUACUAUAUAAAAUAAGAUAUGAAAUACAAUAAGGUGUUAGAGAUCAAGAGUGUAGCUCAGACAGGCUCCUCAAGACCGUUAGCUUGAGUUUUUUUUUUUAUGUAUAAUUAUUAGCGAUUUAAUUACCACCGUUUUUUAUCAUUCCAACACUAACACAGUGUGACAAUCAGCUAAUUUGCUGAAGCGUUGACUAGCUAAAUAGAACACAUGCUAACUACCUUGUUCGCAAACUAUCUAGUGUGCUAAAUAAUGACUUUGCUAACCAGCUAGCUAGCACAAUAAUUAGCUAGCAGUGUAAAGUAUCAGAGCAAUAAAACACACUCAAAUAUCAUUGGAAAUCUGAAGAACUUUAUCGCUCCUGGUUACACAUUUUUGAACAAAGGGAACUGCGUCCCAUCAAAACAGCAACACCUUCUGGGUAAUUUCCUGUAGUCCACAGUCAUGCCGUUAAGAUGGCCAAGUGACAGUGGAUGAGUGCACAUUAAACAUUAAACAGCACUGAUAUAAAUAAAAAUAUGAAAUAUACUAUUAAAUAAUACAUAUAAAGUAUGAAGAGGAAUUAUUAAAGAAGAAAAUAAGUUUUUUUUUUUUUAAAUGAACAAAUUAUUUAAAAACAGGUGUUACACUAGUGCAGUGGAUUUUAACUUGAACUUAUUAUUAUUUUCAAAUCGUGACAGAUUUGAUUCGAUUUUCUAGCACACUAGUUUAACUGUAAACGCUGUAAUUGUUAAAUUGCGAAUAUUUGUAAGAUAAUUGAUUUGGCUUUUAUUUUUGUACAUCGCCUGAUGGUCUGCUUAAAGUUUAACCCUUAAAAUGAUGCUUUAUGUAAAAAAAAAAAUGUACGUAUACGCAUAUUGUGAAUUAUGAAUUCUAAAUAAUGUAAACUUUUUCAUUUAUGAUCUAUAAAAAUAUACAUUUUAAAUAGA